UCCACAUCAUUGCAGUCUGUUUUUAUUUACAAUUUGUACUUUGUCCCAACUUUUUUGGAAUCGGGGUUGUAAAUUGUGCAUGAAUAAUUACUCAAACUUCCACCGGAAAAAAAUGAGUCAAUUCCCGAUUACUUAGCAUAUCAGAUCACGUAAUUCCACAAUUAUUGACACCUUUGUCCACAGUUAUCGACACCGUUCCACAAUUAUCGACACUUUGUCCACAGUUACCGACACCGUUCCACGAUUAUCGACACCUUUGUCCACAGUUACCGACACCGUUCCACGAUUAUCGACACCUUUGUCCACAGUUACCGACACCGUUCCACGAUUAUCGACACCUUUGUCCACAGUUACCGACACCGUUCCACGAUUAUCCUUCAUCUACAGUAAUGCUACACAAAGAUCGAUGCAUACAGUUGUAAAUGUCACUUAAUUCUACAGGGUGUCAAUAAUAGUGGACACUGGUGAAAGUGAUCACUAUUAUCGACACUUCACGUGACUUCUCAAACGUGCGUUUAGAUACAAAAUGGCGACUGUCAAAUGAAAGAGUAAGAAACAAAGUAGGUUUCGACAAGGAGAUCAUGAAAUAUCGGUGAAUCUGAUCAGUAAAAGCAUGUCCAUGAUCUUUCCACCAUGCUUACCUGCAAUGAUGUCUGGGUUUUCCUCAAAUUACUGAUCUUGCUAAAAAAAUUCCAUCUCCGGUAAGGAACUGUGUCAUCAGACGACAAGAUCAAAGGGCGAGGGGGGUCUUCCGGUUGAUUAAUUUAACCAAUAAUAACUGUUGUAACUGAAACUCACCUUUGUAAAAUUGUUUUUUAUUGGUAAAUCUGAAAAGGUGUCGAUAAUUAUGGACUGUCGAUAAUUGUAGCCUCUGCUCUAGUUUGCAUUUGUAAAUUAGCCUACUUCAUAAAAUAAGUCAAAGUGAAUAGAAGCUGCUGGAUAUAACUGGUGAUAAAUGUGCUUCUUUAUCCUGUAAAUGAUUAACCUCUGAAACACAAAAAGCAUCAUCAGUUUUGAUGCAUUAAAGUGCAUAUUCUGGACCAAUUUCAUGUUUUUUUAAUAUGAAAGUAUGUCCCUUUACACACUCAUCCAGAAGGGUAAUUUUGCACAAGGCCAUCUGUCUACAGCAGAAAAAAAUAAAAUAACAAAACACAUCUGGAAAAAUCCCAAGGGAGUCUGGAGCCAGAUUCGUGACUUUACCUGUGGAAGCGCCAGCAGGCUGCGCGAGCUUUGCACGGUUUCAGUGCACAGCCUGUGUAGACCAAGCGCUCCCAUUUCUCUCUCAUUAUCCGGUCUUUUGGGAAACGAUGAGUACUAAUCCCAUCAAGAUUGGUGUUGCUACACCGUCCUACGAUACAUCUGUUAACCAUUUUAAUAAUUACACGAUAGCGUUGAAGAAAUUUGCAGAAAACCACUAGGUUGUUUUCUCAUAAACAAACAAGCGCUGGCGUAGGAUUCAGAGGGAGGCGUCCCGCACGCGACGUCACGAAAAUCAAUGUUUCCCGGGAAAUCCAAAUGCUGAGUUUUUUCAGAGGCGGACCAAUUCACUUCAAAUGGCUUGAUUUCAACUGAAUUUUUCUGGUAUUGCACAAGGUCUUGAGAGUUAAAUGUAAAAUCUCCAGCCGGUUUCCACUGAAGGUGCGGUACAGCAACGAGACGGAAAAAUGUCCGACGCCCUCAUCGUCACCUUCCAGUCCCAGCUCUCUAUCGUCAUGGAGACAAUUCUCAAGUCAGCCAUGAUUGAGAUCACCAGGCUGGUGGAGGACAGCUUCAUGGAGGAAGUGGCUCGUGGCAGGCAGGAGGUGGAACUGCUUCUGCGCAGGCUGCAGUUUACUGAGAGCAAACUGAAGGAGAGAGAGAAGAGGGUGCGAUGUACAGACUGUGGAAGAGUCACAGCCGGGGGAGAGAGGACCACAGAGAAACCAAUAGAGACACUCCCAGGUGAAGAUGCUCUGUGCUUCAGGCUUAGCCUGAGGGAACAGUCUGAGAAAAGGCCUCAACUGAGUGAAGUCUGGAGGUCUACAGAGAGUCUGGGCUCCUACAGAACCACAGAAACACACAGUGACAAAGAGAAGAGCAUAAAUGUGCUGGAAAAAAGAGGGAAGCAGGAGUCUACAUCUAAUACUGAAGUGCAACAUCCUCAGUGCAUCAAUGCACCAGUCACAAGGACCCACGAGGCCUGUAGCAACCCCAAACCCAGAGAAAGUCACUGCAAGACACCUGUCAUGGACUUCAGUCCCAGUAAAGACAUAGACUUGGACCAGUCUCAAACCAUACAAAGUGCUGCAGAGGAAGACUGGGGCGGUGAGUCGGCACCUUCUCCAUCCUAUGCCAGUGUGAAAUCUGAGCACCAUCCUGAUCCGGUUGCUAUUAAAGAAGAGGAGGAGAUGCUCCCAGUGUGGGAUUGCGGAGAUGACUGCGCUCCUGCAGAAACAGACCAGAAUCUCGCCGGUUCCUGGAAUCGAGAUGAAACACAGGUAGAUAACUUUCCAAAUCUAACCGCUCUCAACAUCCCAGAUCCAUCAUCACAUUUAAUGUCCUAUUCAGUGAAUUGUAACACAGAGGUGUCGCAUGGCAUCAAGGCUGAGCCUAGUGAGUCAGUCACCACAGAGCUGGUUCACCUUGCUUUGGCUCCCAUGCCUGAGGGAUCCAGUUCUUUUGGCCGUAAUGAAAACGGACACGUGUUUGGUCCAGAAAGUCUUUUGAGUCGUCCAGAGCUUUGUCUAGGUGAGAAACUUUUCCAACACCUUCCGAUCCCCACUGAAAAGCCCCACUGUGGAAAAUCGUUUGCUCAAAUGGCUCAGCUAAAGGUUCACCUGCUCACACAGCAAGCGAGCAAACCCCUGAAGUGUCCCCAAUGUGGCAAAGCAUUCGCUCAUGAUUUUGAGCUGAAGGACCACCAGAAGCAGCAUUCCAAAGAAAGGCCUCACAUCUGUCCAGACUGUGGCAAAGGUUUCACCCGCUUCAGCAACUUCAAGCAGCAUCAGAACAUCCACACGCGCGAGAAACUCUUCAACUGCACCCACUGCGGCAUGAGGUUCAAAAGAUCCACUCACCUGAGAAUCCACCUCAGGAGACACAGCCGAGUGGGGAAGAAUUGUCCUUGCCGUCAGUGCGGGAAGACGUUCGUGUGCCUCAAGCAGCUGAAGGGCCAUCUGCUGAAAGUGCACGGAACAGAAAUGAACUGAAGCACGCCUUCCAGUCCGCAGAGCUCCACACGCAUGAUCUGAUUAACCCCUUAAACCUUUCUCUCGGAGUUUAUUCACCAUUCGGUUUUAUGUCUCCAAACGAGCAAUUACAGGAAACGCAGACGAGGUGCAGAAUUCUGAUGGAAUUGAAAAACAUGAUGCUUUAAAACUUUCUCAAUGCUUAAAAAUUCUAAAUAAAAAUAGUUUCACAAUUAGGAAUUCAAAACCCAUGAAAAGCCUGAUCAUGUUUGUAUUCUGAAGAAUUUCAUUUUGAGAGCACCUGGUUUGUCUGUGAGCAGGGACGAGCACCACAAAUGUACACACACUUAAAAUUAAGGGCCAGAAGUGGUGCUUUAACUUGUUUGCAAUGAUCGGGGGGGGGGACCCCUCAGCACAGAUUUUUAAAUGUGUACAACUAAGUUUUUACACAAAAUCAAGUACGCGCCUUGUCGGCUAUCAGCUCAUGAACGACGAGAUUUGAGUGGAAUAACUGUUUUAUUCUGUCCACCUUCACUGGAUUUUGAGAAACGGAGCAUUUUUAUUUUUAAUUUUUGCAAAUUCGAGAAAUAAAACUUCAUGCAAAACGUCCGACAAAAUCAUUUCCGCUUAGAAUGUAAACAAGCUGGCGAAAUGACGGGAGCAAUUUGUGAAAAAAGCUAUAAUAAUAAUUCUUGAUUUUUUUUUUUUUUUUUUUUAAGCUACGUUCUUACCAUCAAAUACUUUUAUUCCAUAUUUUGUUGCCUUUUUUAAAAAAAAAAAAGUUUUGGAGUUUUGUUUUCAAGUAGAGUUUUUAUUUCAUCCUUGGUUGGUUCAGCAACACCUCAUCUCAUCUCAUUAUCUGUAGCCGCUUUAUCCUGUUCUACAGGGUCACAGGCAAGCUGAAGCCUAUCCCAGCUGACUACAGGCGAAAGGCGGGGUACACCCUGGACAAGUCGCCAGGUCAUCACAGGGCCGACACAUAGACACAGACAACCAUUCACACUCACAUUCACACCUACGGUCAAUUUAGAGUCACCAGUUAACCUAACCUGCAUGUCUUUGGACUGUGGGGGAAACCGGAGCACCCGGAGGAAACCCACGCGGAGACAGGGAGAACAUGCAAACUCCACACAGAAAGGCCCUCGCUGACCCCGGGGCUCGAACCCAGGACCUUCUUGCUGUGAGGCGACAGCGCUAACCACUACACCACCGUGCCGCCGUUCAGCAACACGCUCUGCCAUUUUGUUUUUCUUUACUCACGGUAUAUGAGCUGAUAUCCUAGUAGUAGAGUAGCCAAUCGGAGCACACGAUUGCUCAUAUCCAGUGAAUGUGAAUAGAAUACGAAUAAUUAAUUCAUCUUCAGUAAUCUUCAGAUCUAAAGCAUGUCCUGAAAAAACUGGGCAUGAGGCAGGAACACAUCCUGGAUUGGACGCCAAUCGAUGCACCCAUUCACACCUAGUGGCAAGUUAGAAUUGCCAAUCCAUCAACUGCUAUGUCUUUGGGAGGUGAGAAGAAAACGGAGGAAACCUAAAUGUCCACAGGGAGAACGUGUGAGACUCCAUAGAGACGGAGCUCCUUUAGCCAAGGACCCUGGAUCUGUAAGCUGGUAACCUGCCGUGUGCAAUAAUACUCGACUCUCUAUUGGAACCACAAAGCUUUUUAUUUGUGAACUUUCCACUAAAAACACUUUUUUUUUUUUUAUUGACUGUUUUGUUU